AUGACGGCAAUUUUGUCCUCUGUGGCUAUUAAUUUAGCUAGCCAUCCUUUCAUUUACGUCAAAACUUUAAUACAGCUUGGUCAUGAGCCUAUUGCGCCGGUUGAUGGUGUUACACUGUUUGGACGUAACGCUCAAAAACUGCCUGGUUUUUUUACCUACGCGGCUUACAUCAGAAAAACAGAUGGAUUUUUUGGCAUGUAUAAAGGACUUGCGCCAAGGAUAAUUCAAUCUAUUAUAAGCUCGAACGUCAAUGCUUCAGUUCUGAAGGUUAUUAGAGAAGAGAAAUCUCAAGAUGAAGAGGAAGAAAAUGAUGAAUUGUAUCUUCAGAUUAAUUAUACUAUUGUCCUUUUAGCUGUCAUUAUGGUUCCACAGACCGCCGUCGAAGAAAUUAAAGUUUUUGCUAUCAAGACCUCAGAACAAUGCUUAGCAAGCAUGGCUGCCGUUACUGUAUCUUAUCCACUCCAUGUUAUAAGUGUUAGAAUGAUGGCACAAUUUGUUGGUCAAGAAAACGUAUACCGGGGUGUAAUAUCCUCAAUUUCGGAAAUUUACAGGGAAGAAGGCUUUAAAGGUUUUUUCUCGGGUUUUGUUCCAAGACUUGUAGCCGAAUUUAUGUCAGUUUGGUUAUACAAUAUAGUGCUAUACGUGACCCAGAAAUAUAUUGUUACAAGCAUUGGAGGCAAGAAGGAAAAUCAAUUGUAUUUGCAAGCAGUUUCUAACUAUAUUGCCGGUUACAUAACUUAUCCACUUAAUUUGGUAUCUAACGUUAUGGCUGUGAAUAACUGUGGCCUUGCAGCUGGUGCUCCUCCUAAUAUGGUAUUCUAUUCAAGUUGGCAAGACUGCAUGGCAUCUUUACGUAGCGAGGGUCAGAUUAGACGGGGUGCUACCCUUUUUAGAAGAUUUAUUCAAUCAUAA